AAAAACAAAUGCUCAAAAUAUAUUCGUUCAAUAUUGAGGUUUAAUAAUAAUGGUAUACAAAGCAAAUGUCAAAGAAUUAGCUCGGUGGUUAGGAAUAAGCGAUGCACCUGUCCACCUUUCAUUUGAUGCAAAACACAUACCCAAACAACAGCAACCCAAUUUAGUAAUGCAUGAUAAACAAUUGAUAAACAGGAGUAAUUUAUUCUAAUACUCUGUCCCCUGGAGAAUAUAUAACAUGAGAAUCCUAUAAACAGUGGUCAGAAACUUAAAGAAUAAAACAAUAAUAAAAGAGUAAGAAUUGGAGUAAAUAUAUGGACAUAAUUGAAAAGAAAGGUCCAGGGCAUAAUUGACCCCUGGUUUCUUCAUUCUCUUAGAAUUUUAAGGUCAUUCACUUUGGCUCAAAAUUCUUGUACUCCAUUUUUAACAACUUUUUCUCUCACUACCUAAGGAAGACAAAAUAAAGACCAAUUGGAGCCCUUGAGAGGGUGUCUCAAGUGGCUAAGAACUUGAGACUCCAAGUUAGAGAUCUCGAGUUCAAACCUUAAGAUGGGAGCAAAGGGACUAA